AUGAAAGAAGCUGUCAUUGAGAGAUAUCGUGAGUUUAUUGGAGAUAAUGUGUUAUUUCAGAUCUUGUCUGGAAAUACUAAAUCAAGUCGUAAGAACGCUAAGCGAGUUAAAGUAGAGCGUAAAGAUACUCGGAAGAGUAAGAAGGAUGAUGAAGAAGGAUUUGGAUUGAGUGAACGCGAAGCUUUUUCUUUCUCCUCCUCGCCCCAUUACAUUACAGGAACAUUACGUGAUUAUCAAAUUGAAGGUCUAAACUGGCUAAUUAACAUGUACGAGAUGAAGAUCAAUUGUAUUCUGGCCGAUGAAAUGGGUUUGGGUAAGACUUUGCAAACAAUCUCUCUUUUAGGAUUCUUAUAUUCCUAUAAGAAGAAUCGAAUGCCCAAUUUAUUGAUUGUCCCCAAAUCAACUCUUCAGAACUGGAAGAACGAGUUCAAGAAGUUCAUGCCGAGUGUAAAGACUGUGAUCUUCCAUUGUAGUAAGAAGGAUAUUCGGGUUAAGGCUAAAGAGUUGCAGGAACUUGAUUAUAUUGCUUGUAUUACUACUUAUGAGAUGUGCUUAAUGGGUAAGAGUACUUUUCAGACCAUUAACUGGCAGUACAUUGUCAUUGAUGAAGCCCAUCGCAUUAAGAAUGAAGAGACUAUGCUUAGCAAAGUAGUUCGUUUAAUUCCUUGUACUAAUCGUUUACUACUGACCGGAACGCCUUUACAGAACAACAUUCAUGAGUUAUGGGCUCUACUGAACUUCUUGGCUCCUGAAGUCUUCUCGGAUGGAGAGGGAUUUGAUGCCUGGGUGGAAUCUGCUGCUGAUGAUACAGAAAGUGAUGCCGUAGAUAAGUUGCGGAGUUUGUUAAGUCUGUUCAUUCUUCGGCGAGAGAAGUCGGAUGUAGAGAAGUCUUUACUACCCAAGAAGAUCAUUAAUCUCUACUCACCACUGACCAGUAUGCAACGGAAAUGGUAUAAGAUGAUUUUGGAACGAGAUGUAGGCGAUGUCGUCAGUGAUGGAACUAAAAUGCAACUAAUGAACAUUGUUUGUCAGCUCAGGAAGUGUUGUAACCAUCCUUACUUGUUUGAUGGAGCUGAACCGGGUCCUCCUUAUACGACAGGUGAGCACAUUGUGGAAAACAGUGGGAAAAUGGUUCUGCUGGAUAAGUUACUGGUGCACUUGAAACAGAAGGGGAGUCGAGUUCUGAUUUUCAGUCAAAUGACGCGUAUGCUGGAUAUUUUAGAAGACUACUGUAACUUACGGCAGUAUGAGUACUGUCGCAUUGAUGGAAGUACAGGGACUGAUGAAAGAUGUGAGGCCAUUGAUGAGUUUAACAAGCCGAAUAGUGAAGUCUUUAUCUUUUUGUUGAGUACUCGGGCGGGUGGUUUAGGUAUCAAUUUAGCAACUGCUGAUGUAGUUAUUGUUUAUGAUAAUGACUGGAAUCCCCAGAUGGAUUUACAAGCUCAAGAUCGUGCCCAUCGAAUUGGCCAGAAGAAACAGGUCUUUGUCUUCAACCUCCUCAUGGAGAACACAAUUGAAGAGAAGAUUCUGGAGCGAGCUCUUAAGAAGCUUAAGCUGGACGAAAUCAUUGUGCAGAACGGUCGGAAGAAGGACAAUACUAUUUCUCAGAACGAGUUACUAAGUAUUCUAGCGAGUGGCGUGGAUAAUGUCUUUAAAGCUGAAGAUGAUGAUUCACCGCAGAUUGCGAUUGAAGAGAUUAUUAGACUGGGUAUGGAAAAGACCGAUAGUUUAAACACUAAAGUCGGUGAACAAGCUAUUCUGGGACCAAUUAACAAUGAUGAAAUCCGGGCGUACGAAUGGGAAGGUGAAGACUACAGUACAAAGAGUGCUAAGAUGAAGCUAGCUAAGUACAUUGUAGCGGCUGAGCCUGGUCGGAAUCGGAAUAGUACAUCAGGAAUCUUGACUAAGCGUAAAUCAGUUGGUUUACGACAGUAUACUUUACCGGACUACCAAUUCUUCCCCCAGCGGUUGCAUUAUCUACAGAAGAAAGAGCUAGAAGCCUUCCAGGCAAAGGGUGAGACAGAAAACUUGCUUACUCCGGAAGAAGAGGCUGAGAAGAAGCAAUUGUACCUUAAAGGAUACGUGACCUGGACGAAGCGAGAGUUUUGGGGGUAUAUCAAGGCAUGUGAGCGGUACGGCCGAUCGGAAGUGACUAAAAUUGCCGAAGAUCUGCCGGACAAGACUUUAGAAGAGGUCGAGGCCUACGGGAAAGUCUUCUGGUCACGUAUAAGUGAGCUACAAGAUGGCGAGAAGAUUCAAUCGCAAAUUCAAAGGGGAGAGUACAAGUUGCAGCGAUUACAGAAGAUCAAGGAGUGUCUGAAAGAUAAGGUUGAAAAGGAAGGCGAUAAUCUCAAGAUCACUUAUCCUUCUAAUGCGCGGUCUUUUGGGUUUACAAUUGAGACCGAUCGGUUUAUUCUUCAGACUCUGAAUGGCGAACUAGAUAAUCCUGGGUGCUACGAUGAUUUGUGGCAGCAAAUUCGUUCGUCUGAUAAGUUCUUGUUUGAUUACUAUCUAAAAGUACGUACGCCACACGACCUCCAAAAACGAGCUCAAUUCCUGUUUAGCAGUCUUCUACGCGAGAAGAAGGUCCAAGAAGAAUGUGCCGAGCCCGCACCUCAACCCGAUUCUAACUAA